AAAAAGUAGCAACCACGUGUGUAUUCUGUGUGUGAGAAAAUCCUUGUUUACUUUCGUACCGCUGCUAUUUUGAAGGUCUAUGACAUUUUUCCCGGUGCCUGGAGGUCAUUAAUAUGAAUUUUUCAUAUAAGUUUUCUAACCUCUUGGGGUGUGUGUAUCGCCGUGGCAAUCUUGCGUUCACAACUGAUGGUGAUAGUGUAGUCAGCCCUGUUGGAAACAGAGUUACAAGAUUUGAUCUGAAGAAUAGCAAAUCAGAAACCUUUGCUAUCGAGUCUAGACUGAACAUUGUAUGUGUAGCAUUAUCACCGGAUGGAUUCUCGGCAGUCUUUGUAGAUGAAGGUGGAGGAGCUCUUCUUUGCAGUCUGAUAAGUAAAACAGUUCUUCAUCAUUUCAGCUUCAAUCGCCCAGUUUCAUGUGUGAAAUAUAGCCCAGAUGGAAAAAAACUCGCUGUGACCAAGGAGAAUGUUGCCCUUGUAUACACCACACCAUGCAGUACCAGCAGGGAGUUCAACCCCCUUAUGCUUCACAGGACGUACUACGGUGCUUACGAUGAAACAACCUGCAUUGAUUGGACGUCCGAUUCCAAAGCCUUUGCGGUCGGUUCUAAGGACAUGAAUACGAGAGUGUUUGCUGUUGAUGACACAGAUCAGCUCAUCGUUUACUCGCUAGCAGGUCACAAGGACUGUAUUGUUGCUUGCUUCUUUGAACAGAAUUCACUUGAUCUGUACACAAUGAGCAGGAGAGCCGAUCUGAUCGUGUGGGAGUGCGAUACGGACCUGGAUGUACUACAGCCCACCACGGAAGACACUCACAACCCUCGCAAGAAGAAAGGAAGAAGAAAAACAAUUGUCACUGAGGAGGAGGAUGAAAUUGAAAAGCAGAAACAGAGAGAGAACAAAAUCAAGUAUAGGAGAACUGCAAAGCAUUUUUAUAACAAAUCUGGUGACUUUGAUGACUUGACCUGUGCCGAUUAUCACAAGAAGAACAGAAUUCUUGUUGCCGGAUUUGCUUCAGGGGUCUUCCAUUUACAUGAGAUGCCAGACUACAAUCUCAUCCAUACACUCAGUAUUUCAGAGCAGCGUGUAGCAUCCGUCGUCUUCAACGGUCCGGGAGAUUGGAUAGCCUUUGGCUGCCUUGGCCUGGGGCAGUUGUUGGUGUGGGAAUGGCAGAGCGAGAGCUACGUUCUGAAGCAACAGGGUCAUUUUAACAACAUGACAUGCUUAGACUACUCCAGAGAUGGUCUUCUGGUCGCUACUGGGGCCGAGGAUGGAAAGGUGAAAAUUUGGAAUCUGUCAAGCGGAUUUUGUUUUGUGACAUUCAGCGAGCACAGCGGAGGGGUGAGCGGUGUGUGUUUCAAUGAGGCUGGUAAAGUGGUAGUUUCUGCUUCACUAGAUGGUACAGUCAGGGCAUUCGAUCUUCACAGGUAUAGGAACUUCAGGACAUUGACCUCUCCACAGCCAGUGCAAUUCUCCUGCUUGGCGCUUGAUUCCAGCGGUGAAAUCGUCUGUGCUGCUGGCCAGGAUGUCUUUGAGAUUUUCAUGUGGUCAAUGCAAACUGGACGAUUAUUAGAGGUACUUUCAGGUCAUGAAGCUCCAGUUUCUGGUUUGAGUUUUGGUCCAAGUGGUUCCCAGUUAGCAAGUUCUUCCUGGGAUAAGACAGUCAGAUUAUGGGAUAUCUUUGGCCACAAAGGAUCCAGAGAGACCCUCAGACUUUCUUCAGAUGGCAUGUGUGUUGCUGUUAGUCCAAGCGGGGAGCAGCUGGCCGUGGCAACCCUUGACUAUCAGAUAACAUUCUGGGAUAUCCAGACCGCCGUCCAGACUGGUUCCAUCGAAGGCAAGCAAGAUCUAGGUAGCGGUCGCAGGAGAGAUGAUGUGGUCACUGCAAAGACAUCUUCUGCUGCAAAGUCUUUCACUACGUUGUGUUACUCUGCCGACGGGUGUUACAUCCUAGCUGCUGGCCGUUCCAAGCACAUCUGUAUAUAUCACAUCCAAGAACAGCUUCUGGUGAAGAAAUUUGAAAUCUCCUGUAACAUGUCUCUUGACGGAAUGGAGGAGUUCUUGAGUAGGAGGAACAUGACAGAUUUUGGCAACGCUGCACUAAUAGACAUGAAUGUUGGGGAAGAAGGUCAGCAGAUGGCUCUUUCGCUUCCUGGGGUCACCAAAGGAGACAUGAGUUCCAGGUCAUUUAGGCCAGAAGUCAAUGUGUCCUGUGUCAGAUUCUCGGCUACAGGAUCACAGUGGGCAGCCACCACAACCGAAGGCCUGCUUGUCUAUUCCGUGGACAGUAGUUUGACCUUUGACCCCUAUGACCUGACCCUUGACCUCACUCCAUCCGUCGUGUUCGAUGCCCUAAAGGAAGAGGAGUGGUCUAAGGCUCUAAUGAUGGCCUUCAGGCUCAAUGAGAAGACGGUGAUACAAAGAGUUACAGAAUCAAUACCCUGGUCACAAGUGGAUGUGAUUUGUAGCAGUAUAGCUGAUACAUACGUGGAGAAGAUGUUGUCUUUUGUAGCGGAACGGCUCACAGCUUCUCCUCACCUUGAGUUCUAUGUCCUAUGGGCAGAGAAACUGCUGUCCAUCCAUGGUUCCAGACUCAAGCUAAAAAACUCGUCUUCCCAUCAUGCAAUGCUCACCUCUCUACAGAAGUCACUCAUCACCAAAUCAGACAGCAUUGGAAAAAUAUGCGACACUAAUCGGUACACACUCCAAUACCUUCAGACUCUGUCAAAAUUACAACCCAAGAAGAGGAAGUUAGCGCCGUUAGGAUCAGAAGAUGAUGACAAGGAAUCUGAGGAGGAGGAGGAGGACAGUAUAGGGGAUGGUGAAGAUAUUGACAGUGAUGAUUCUGAGACACAGAUUACACCACUUAUAAAAUGAACAAUUAUACUUAAGAUACAUUGUACUACCUGUAGCAUUCAUAUGAGAUUAUCAGAUGGCAUGCCUUCAUCUGUUUAUGUGACCAAGGGGAUGGGGAGUACACCCCCUCCCCCAGUUUUCCAACAUUGAAAAAGAAAGAAGAAAAAAGAGAGGUCUUUGAUAAUUACAUAAAUUUGGUAUUUUGGGGUAUUACAUAUGAUAAUGUGUAUUACCCUUCUUAUUUAAUUGAGAAUGAAUAUGCCAAAUUAUAAGCUUCCAUGUGCCUUCCCCCGUCAACCCGUGACGCCACCCUGGUACAUGACAUCAUCUGUACGCAUGACACCAUUGUUGGAUGUGGCAUCAGUCAUAAGACAUUGUCAAAUCAUAAGACAUCAUCAGAUAUGAUAUCAUUGGUAGAUGUGAAAUCAUCAGUAGUUGAGAUAUCAGUUAAUUUCAUAUAACAUUAGUAGAUAUGACAUCAUCAGUAGAUUGGCAUCAUCAAUAGAUAUUGGAUCAUCAGUAGAUGUGAUAUCAUCUGCAGAUAUGGCAUCAUCAACAUAUUUGAAAUCAUCAAUAGAUGUGACAUCAUCAGUAGAUACAUGUAUGACAUCAGUACAUGUAGAUACAUGUAUGUCAUCAGUUGAUAUAACAUUGGUACUUAUGAUAUCAUCAGUCAUAUGAUACCAUCCAUAGACAUGAAAUCAGUAGAUAUGAUAUCAUCAGAAGAUAUGACAUCAUCAACAGAUAUGACAUCAGUAAAUAUGACAUCAGUAGAUAUGGCAUAAUCAGUUGAUAUUACAUCAUUGGUAGAUGUGAUAUCGGCAUUCAUAUGAUAUCAUCCAUAGAUAUGACAUCAUUAGUAGAUAUGAUGUCAUUAGAAGAUAUGACAUCAGUUGAUAUAACAUCGGUAGAUGUGAUAUCAUCAGUCAUAUAUCCAUAGACAUGACAUCAUCAACAGAUAUGACAUCAUGAACAGAUAUGACAUCAUCAGAAGAUGUGAUAUCAU